GCUUCUGCACUGCUCCAAUAUCUAUAUGUAUAUAAGUACUCCGUAUUACCGAAUAGUCCACCGAAUCAUCACUCCUGAAUUAUCUGUUCCAUCGCUUUCAAACGUCACCUUCCUCCAUCUUCAUCUUCUUAUCCGUCAGGCGGAAGCUGAAAUAUGGCCGCGCCUACGGCGACGAUGGAUGUCGGGAACGACGGCGUUGCCGUGAUCACCAUCACAAAUCCACCAGUCAACGCGUUAGCGGUUCCAAUAAUUAAUAGCUUGAAGGAUUUGUUCACGGAGGCGGCUGCUAGAGACGAUGUCAAAGCCAUUGUUGUGACGGGAAGUGGUGGGAGGUUCUCUGGUGGUUUUGACAUAAAUGUUUUCGAACAAAUUCACAAGCAUGGGGAUGUUUCUGUACUACCUGAUGUUUCUGUUGAACUUCUUGUCAACCUGAUUGAAGAUGGGAAAAAGCCUGCUGUUGCUGCCAUACAAGGACUUGCCCUUGGAGGUGGCUUAGAAUUGGCAAUGGGAUGCCAUGCUCGCAUUUCUGCACCAAGAGCUCAACUUGGCUUGCCAGAGCUUUCCCUUGGGGUUAUCCCUGGCUUCGGAGGCACACAACGACUUCCAAGGCUCGUGGGAUUGCCUAAAGCUGUUGAGAUAAUGCUGACAUCUAAACCCAUAUUAUCUGAAGAAGGGCAAAAGUUAGGUCUUAUCGACGCAAUUGUCUCCCCAGCAGAACUGAUUGAAGUAUCUCGACAGUGGGCAUUAGAUAUUGCAGGAAGGCAUAAACCCUGGUUGCGAUCCCUUCAUAGGACUGAUAAAUUAUGUUCCCUUUCAGAAGCACGUAAUAUUCUCAAGGUUGCUAAGCACCAAGCAAAGCAGACCGCGCGCAACUUGCCUCAACACCUGGUUUGCCUUGAUGUAAUUGAAGAGGGCAUAGUUCGGGGAGGAUACAGUGGAGUUCUAAAGGAAGCCAGAGACUUCAAGGAGAUUGUAUUGUCAGAUACUGCAAGAGGGCUUGUUCACUUUUUCUUUGCGCAAAGAGCAACGUCAAAGGUGCCAAAUGUCACUGAUAUUGGUCUCAAACCAAGGCCGGUGAAGAAGGUUGCUAUAAUUGGUGGAGGUCUAAUGGGAUCUGGGAUAGCUACAGCACUUAUUCUGAGCAACAUUUAUGUGCUUCUCAAGGAAAUUAAUGCUCAAUAUCUUCAAAAAGGGUUAAAAUCCAUAGAAGAAAAUGUACGGUCCUUGGUAUCAAGGAAAAAGUUGCCUCAAGAUAAAGCUGAAAAAGCCCUAUCAUUACUUCAAGGUGUAUUGGAUUACUCGGAAUUUAAGGACGCGGAUAUGGUUAUUGAGGCAGUGAUCGAAAAUGUUCCUUUAAAGCAAAAGAUUUUCAGUGAAAUAGAGAGGGUGUGUCCUCCUCAUUGUAUACUGGCAUCCAACACAUCUACUAUAGACCUUAACAUAGUUGGGGAGAAGACAAAAUCUCAAGAUAGGGUUAUAGGAGCUCAUUUCUUCAGCCCUGCUCAUGUUAUGCCACUGCUGGAGAUUGUGCGGACAGAAAAGACAUCACCUCAAACAAUCAUUGACCUUAUGGCUGUUGGUAAAGCAAUAAAGAAGGUCCCUGUUGUGGUGGGAAACUGUACUGGCUUUGCUGUAAACAGGACCUUCUUUCCAUAUGUUCAGGGAGCACAUUUUCUUGUUCAUCUGGGAGUUGAUGCUUUCAGGAUUGAUGCCCAGAUUUCAGAUUUUGGCCUUCCUAUGGGUCCAUUCCAGCUACAGGAUUUAACAGGGUACGGGGUAGCUGUUGCUGUAGGAAAACAAUUUGGUGCUGCUUUUUCUGACCGUAUAUUUAAGAGUCCUUUGGUUGACCUCCUCAUUAAAAGUGGUCGAAACGGUAAAAGUAAUGGAAAAGGAUACUACAUUUAUCAGAAGGGUAUGAAACCAAAACCGGAUCCAUCUGUGCUUCCAGUUAUAGAGGAGUCUAGAAAGCUAAUUAAUAUAAUGCCUGGAGGGAAGCCGAUAUCUGUGACCGACCAAGAAAUAGUUGAGAUGGUUCUAUUUCCUGUUGUGAACGAGGCAUGCCGUGUUCUUGACGAAGGUAUGGUUGUUCGGGCUUCUGAUCUUGAUGUUGCAUCUGUUCUUGGAAUGAGCUUCCCCUCUUACAGAGGAGGGAUUGUUUUCUGGGCUGAUACUGUUGGAGCUGGCCAUAUAUAUAAAAGCCUCAAGAAGUGGUCAGAGUUAUAUGGUGGCUUCUUCAAACCCUCAACUUUCUUGGAAGAAAGAGCACUCAAAGGCAUUCCAUUGAGUGCUUCUGGUGUACCAACCUCUUCUUCCGCUUCAAGAUCGCGUAUGUAGACACCAUUCCAACCAUAUGGAUUGCACCAUUGGACGUGGCAGAUAAAUGCAUACACAAUUAAUGUUUGCCGACCUAAUAAAAUUAUGUGUUGCGUUCCUUGGGGUAGAACACAAGUUUUUUGUUUGUUUUAGUUAUAUGUUAAAGUUGUAUUUUAAAUUAACAAAUAAAUAAUGAAACCUAGUAUAUUUUCUUGGAAAAAAGAAAUGUUCAUCCAAAUCAUUUUUGAGUUACUUCUCCUCGAUUGUCAUUUACAAGUUUUGUGUAAAUUUUUGUUGGUUGGAUAAAGAUCUGAGCACUACGCUCUAGGCAUUGCAUAUUUGCAUCUCUUGUUGGAAGGCUGUUUGAAUUUAUAAAAGGGCCUCAGUGAUUAA